UUCUUUAAAAAACAACUCGAAAAAAGACUAUAAAUAUAAGUAGCUUAGUUUAUUAAUACAAAAACAUCAACAACAUGAUGAUUAAGACGUUGGAGUGGAAUGGUAGGGAUUCGAAACCCCUUUGGUUAAUGACCAUUAUUUUAGACUAUCGAGGAAAGACCCCCAAAUUUUGUUUGUUUGUUUGAAGGGCCAAAGCCGUUAUUGAAACUUAUAUUGAGCAACUAUUGGUUCAAUUCCUUAUCUUCCUCAACUUUGGCCAAAAAAUAAAAAAUAAAAAAUUCUUCCUCAACAGCUCACAUUUACUUUGCUCAUCAACUGAAGGUUUGUUCUAUGAAUUAAAAAAGAAAUCAUAAAUAGCGGGUAACGAUUGUGCCAGUGCUUUUUCGUGGCUGAAGAAAAAUUUUAAAAAUUCAUUAAGCCCAAACUCUAGCAAGGUUAACACCACCUAGAUUUUUUAAAGAAAUUAGAAUUUUAAAAUAAAAAAUAAUAAAGGGCAAAAAGGCUACAACUCCUCACCCUCCCCCUUCCCCACUCCCUCCCACCCCCCAUCAACUUUGACCCAACUCUCCCGCAGCACCCCCGACCACAGAUAAUUGGGUUAAGUUGAAUAGCCAGGCAUGGCCAUGCCUCCUCCUCGCGGCCUCAUACCAUUCUACGCCAAUCUACUCGAAGCCUGCUCUUUGUCUAAGAAUCUCCAAACCGUCAAACAGCUCCACGCUAAAACCAUAAGACUCUGCAUUUCCCGCCACGACUUCAUUCGAACCAAGCUCGUUUUCUCCUAUGCCUCAUGUGCCCAACUGAACCAGGCCAACCUCCUCUUCUCCUUCUGCAAUCGCCAAUCGACCUUCCUCUUCAACACCCUCAUUCGAGCCCAUUCGUCCCAAGGUUUGUUCUCUCAAUCUCUGUCCAUUUUUAUCCGCAUGCUUGCUGCCAUUAAAGCCUUUGACCGCCAUACCUUGCCUGUGGUUCUCAAAUCUUGUGCUGGGUUAUUGGCAUUGAGGCUUGGGAAGCAAGUACAUGGAGCCAUUUUGGUGAAUGGGUUUGCCUUAGAUUUGGCGAACUUGAAUGCGUUGAUCAGCAUGUAUGCCAAGUGUGGUGAAUUGGUUGCUGCGCGUAAAGUGUUUGACGGAAUGCUCAUAAGAAAUGAGAUUUCUUGGUCAGCAAUUUUGGCUGGGUAUGGAAUGCAUGGAGUGUUUGGUGAGGUAUUUGAAUUGUUUGAUAGGAUGGUGGAAGCAGGAGAGAGGCCGGAUGCAGUGACAUUCACUACAAUUUUGACAGCGUGUAGUCAUGGCGGGUUCACAGAGAAGGGGAGGGAGUAUUUUGGAAUGAUGGAGCAGAGGUUUGGGGUGAAGCCCAGGUUGGAGCAUUAUACAUGUAUGGUGGAUAUGUUAGGCAGGGUGGGACGGGUGGAGGAGGCAGAGGAGUUGGUUUUGGGGAUGACAGUGGAACCAGAUGCGGCAUUAUGGGGCGCAUUGUUGGGCGCUUGUAGGAUUCAUGGGAAGGUAGAGGUAGCUGAGAGAGUGGAACAGAUGCUCUAUGGAAGGCUACUUGGUGUAGUAUCUCUGAGGCAUUUACAGUGAAGUGCUUGCAAAAGGCCGGCAGUGAGUUCAGCUGCCCAUGAUGCUAAGUUCGCUUUCUCAAAUCUGUCAGAACUGAAAUUUGCCGGUAAAAAAGCCUGCGUAUUCCUCAGGGGGAAAGUUAGUUUCUAGUUACUUGGAGUUCUUAGCCUAGAAAUAUGCAGGGAACAGAUGGAACAGAUUGAUGGAUAUGCUCUCUCUACCAUUGUUAGGGCCUAUUACCUUAUGCAAAAGCAUAGGUUGAUGACAAUGGACAGAAAUGAUAGACUGUAAACCGCACAAGGACAUAAGAAUUUUUACGUUCUACCGUUCUCAGACCGAAAGAGAAAAGCCAUCAAACGUCUGACGUUCCCUGUGAUUUGCUAAUUGUUCACCAAGAAGAUUUGGGGAUAACAUGCUACGAUAGCUCAUCAAGAAGAGUAAGAAAAUUAGAAGUUGACGACUUGGUAUACAGCAGCAAUUUUAAAAAGCGAUUGUUAUAGGUAAAGAAAACAUCUUUACACAACUUAAAUUGAUCUACAAAGACAGAUCUCCACUUUUUGUUUCUUUGUUAGACUUUAUUUUUUGUACGUGCAAUUUUUUGUUCUGGUUUAAA